GCGAGGUAUCAUGGAGGAUCAGUGAGCAAACUGUGGCCAGCAGAGACGAGCAAGCCACGCUCUUGUCCCGGGAACGUUCUUCUCACUUUAGCCGCCUCAUUUACUCCCUCGUCGCCGCCGACUUAAAAUAUUUCGCGAUGGACAUGAAGAAGAGGAUCACGCUGGAGCUGGGGAACCGAGACCCGGCAGAGGUGGCCGAGAUGGUGGUGGACAACAAUCACUCGUUGAGUGGCGAAGUCGAAGGUCUCUCGGACGAGUUUAUCCAGCUGGAGGUCCUCAGCAUGAUCAACGUCGGUCUGAAUUCCCUGGCCAAGCUGCCCUCGCUGCCCAAACUCCGCAAGCUGGAGCUGAGUGAAAACAACCUGUCGGGUUCUUUCGAGACAUUGUCGCAAAAAUGCCCCAACCUGAUCUACCUCAACCUGAGCAGCAACAAGAUUAAGGAGCUGAGCAACGUGGAGGCGCUGCAAAACCUGAAGAACCUUCAGAGUCUGGACCUGCUGAACUGCGAGAUCACGUCGUUGGUGGAUUACCGCGACAGCGUUUUCGAGCUCCUGCCGCAGGUCACCUACCUGGACGGCUUCGACCAGGAGGAGAACGAGGCGCCCGACUCGGAGACGAGUGAGGAAGACGAGGACGGCGAGGACGAGGCGGGCCCGACGGGCGACUACGAGGACGAGGACCACGAAGAUGACGACGAGGACGGCUCGGAGGGAGGCGAGGUGGGGCUGAGCGUUCGUGGGAAGUGGGCCACGCAUCAGGAGGAGGAAGAUGACGACGAGGAGGGUGAUUAUGGCGAGGAGGAGGCAGAGGAAGCCGAGCGAGCGGACGCUCAGGGACAGAAGAGGAAGAGAGACGUGGAGGACGACAGCGAGGACGACGAAGAUGACGACGACGACUAGCCGUGCCGUCGUCGUGUGCGUGUGUGGGUGCGCGUGCGAGCGUGCGUGUCCCGUCCUAUGCUAGACGUCAUCCCCUCUAGCCCCGCCCCCCCACCCCAUCCUCUACUUUACAUAAGGUUGCAAAAGGGGAGAAACAUUUCCAUGGGAAUUAACUAUUUAUCAGAGGUAAUGUGUCAUAUUCAAGCAAAAAUAACAUUUAGUUUAGUUCUAAGCAGACAUCAUGGCAAAAUACUGAAAAGUACUUUUAUUGCUCAGUUUUCUUAAAUAUAUAUAUUUAAGUGGCAGCCUAUUCAAAGCUCGCUCAUAACUAAAAAAAUUUGCUCGCAGAACUCGGCAAAAACUCAGCUGAGCGAUGGCGCGUAACUUGAAUAAUUAAGUUGGAGCACUCGUACGCGCAAGGUACAGCGGACCCCCGCAUAUUCGUGGCGUGGCGCUCACAAAUUCACCUAUUUGAACAUUUUUCAUUUAAUGCUGUGUUUUAUGGAACGCAAAUCCCCCCCGUGAUGAACGAGGGUUUACGUUGACAUUGGUCUGAGCGCACACACAAACACAAAUAGGUGAAUUUUCCAGCAAUAAACAAAACGAAAACAAAACAAUUGGUAAAUUUGCAAAUGUCAAACCUCAAAUAUAGACUUCCCUAUUGAGAGCCAAACUUCACUUGUGUUCAUUCCCAUGGAAACUUUGCAACUUUGCAAACCGCUGUCAUUUUGCAACCCUACCUUCAAGCCACUUCCUGUUUGCAACGCAGCUGAACUACAUGAAUGACUGCCACACACAAGAUGGCGGCCACGUUGGCUUUGGGAUCUUUGGGACUUUUUUUUAUUUUUUAUUUUUUGCCAAGUCAUCAAACCAGUGGGGAUUCUUCAUCGAUCCUCAUUCAUGAUGACAUCGCCAACUUGGACAUGUUUUUUUUUUUUUUUUUUUCCUCCUCCAAGGGAAAAAAAGACUGAGCACAAUAAGUCAUCUGAUCUUUGAGGACUUUUAUUUUUUUUCCCCAACACAAACCAAAGUCGGCGUACUUAAGAGCGCCUCCCUUCAGGAUACCUUGUGGUUGUGGAUCAGGAUCUUGUAUCUCCAUUUUCGCCCGAUGAUCACAUGACUAUCCUGCCCCGCCCACCUUUUUAGAAAUAUGCACGCCACCGGAUGCUCCUCUUAUUAUUAUUAUUCCUUGUGUGUGUGUGUUUUAUUGUAGCUUUUUACACGCUCAGUGACUUUUUCUUCCCUUUUGUUUUCAGUCAAGUGAUGUUGUGAAAUAUUCCAAUAAAGUUAAGUCGAGUCGCAGCAAAGCAUUGUGGGAUAAGGGAAAACAUUUUUAAAAUAAUUUGACAACAAAAAAGCAAUAUUUCUAGAUUUCUACAAAGAUAAAGUUGCUUUUUUUGUGAUCGAUUGAUGUAGUUUAAUUUGUUGGGCGACAGCAGAAGCUCAGCGGUUGUUUUUCCUUUUUGUCACUGACAUCAAAAUAAAUGUGUGUUUGUGCGUGUGUGUGUGUGUGUGUGUGUGUGUGCGCGCGCUGCUUUAAACAUUUAUUAAAAAAAACAUGAAAUAUGUGUGUACAUAAGUUUUUAUGCUAUUCAGGUCUGAUAGAAAAUGGAAAUAAAGUCAUGUAGUUGAA